UUCACGCUCGGCCGCUACAGCCGCGGCUUUAAAUUCCCCACGUAGCCACCUCCAGGCAAGGCUGUCACUCCUCUCUGGCAGACACCAGUCGCUGUUGGUUCACCAGCAGCAGCAGCAGCUAAUCCCACGAGGGGGGUCUUCUCUGCGUUUUGUAGCGCGAUCGAUUAAACGAGAGUUGACGGCUUGUCACGCGGACGGCUUCAGACACAUUCGUGCCCCACAUUAUCCGUGACGGAGUGAUUAGGUGGCCUGACCGGGUGGGUGGCUUAGGGAGUGUGGCAGUGCCCGCACACGCGUGCGGCCCCACAGUAGCUGCUGCUGCUGCUGGUGGAGUUUGAGGCCGGCGGCGCGCGAGUUGUGCGAGCUGUAACGCGUGCUCAGAGUCGAGAGGCGUUCUAUCUGGCCAGUGCAGAUAUCAGAGGCAGUUCAGGUGUUAGAGGAGUCAGCAGGUGGCAUUGGCCGCACAUCGCGCGCCAUGCGCUGUGGAGGCGGGGCGCCGUGCACGCCCGCCACGUGGCUGCUGCCCGUGCUGCUGGCCGGCGCGUGGCUCUGCGCCGUGGGGGUCGCGGUGCUCGCCUGGGUGGAGGUGAAGGCCGGGGUGGAGAAGCUGCACGAGACCGCUCUGGGCAAGCUGGUGAAGACCGAGAGACUGAAGCUUCGCGUGGGACAGGAAGGCGAGCGGCUCGCAAGCACCACACCGACCUGGGCCCGAGACGGGGACACUGAAAGGCCCUCCGCUCAUCUCACCCACGUGGACGUGGCCGCACGGCAGCUCUCCCGCCUGGCCUGGAGCGACGGCGGCGCUGGCGGCGGUGUCGCUGCGAGCCUGCGAGGCGGCAUGCGCUACCACAACGGCAGCCUCACGGUGCCGCGCGCGGGCAGCUACUUCGUCUUCUCGCAGAUUCAGCUGUACCACGUGGCGUGCGAACGAGUGAGGGAGUCGGCGCACGUAGAGGUCGUCCACUCUAUCCGCGUGACUUCCACAACCGACACCACCACGGCCACCACCGCCACCACCGCCACCACCACCGACACCACCACCGCCACCACCGCCACCACCGCCACCACCGUCGACAGCAGCAGCAGCGGCGGUGCCGCCACGGUCAUGAGCACCACGUGGUCGCCCUGCGCGUCGGCCGGCAGCGCCCGGCCCACGUGGUUCCAGAGCAGCCACCUGGGCGGGGUGCUCCACCUGCAGGCGGGCAGCUCGGUGGCCGUGCACGUGACCCACGCCGACCUCGUGGAGGACAAGAGGGAGUGGAACUUCUUCGGGGCGUUCUUGCUCUGACCCGCCGCCUCCUCCUCCUUCGUCUUCCACCACCUCCUCCUCCUUCGUCUUCCUCCUCCUCCACCUCCUCCUCCCGUGGCGUUUGCCGUCGAAGGUUGGGAGGUCGCCCUCCACCCGAGCCGCUGGGGCGCCGCUGCUCAGCACCCCCCCAACCCCCUCCACCCCAACC